CAGGAGCACCUUUCAGUUGAGAUCCCAAAAGUCAUGAGUCCGGUUCAGUCAUAUCCACAGCUCGGCCUGCUCCUCCUUCUCGUCAUCGUGACCUUGGGCGUAGCCCAAUCAAGUAGGUUGCCGGCGGAUGUGGGCUCCCAACCGCACAGCAUUUCCUUGCGGCGGAAUGGCGUCCAUAUGUGUGGAGGAUGUCUAGUCAGCGAGAAUUGGAUCCUCACCGCAGCUCAUUGCCUUAGCUUGGGAGGUGGACAGCAAAGCUACCCAGCUCGGUCCUUUAAUGUUCGAGUUGGCAGCAUUCAACGUCUAACUGGUGGUCAACUGGUGCCCCUGUCCGAGAUCAUAAUCCACAAGAACUACUCCAGUUCGGAUGCAGCCGGAUCCAAUGACUUGGCCUUGUUGAAACUGGAGACCCCGGUGGUCCUGAACGCUAAUACGCAGCCCAUUGAUUUGGCCACAGAGAGACCGCCAGCGGGAUCUCAGAUCUCAUUUUCCGGUUGGGGAUCUAGCAAGAUCGAGGGAUCCCUUAGUCAUGCUCUUCAGGUGGCCAACAGAUUGAGCCUGAGUGCAAGUGAUUGCCAAAAAGAGUUGUUCCUGGAACAGGAGGAUCUGCUCUGCUUGUCCCCAGUUGCCGAGGACUUUGCCGGAAUCUGUUCUGGCGAUGCUGGAGCUCCGGCUGUGUACAAUAACCAACUUGUGGGCAUUGCUUCCUUCUUUGUCAGCGGUUGUGGUUCCGGACAGCCCGAUGGCUAUGUGGAUGUGACCCAGCAUCUGGAAUGGAUUAACGAAAUUGUUGGUUAAUUAAAAUCGAGCUAUUGAUAAGGGAUAACUUUGUAUUUUUGUUGACUUUUGAUUUUUAAUAUAAGAAGGUAAUUAAUUAA